UUCGAGAUUACUAAUUAAGAACAAAGUGCAAAAGGAGAAGGCUUUGAAUUUGAUUCUGGUGUACUCAAAAUAUCGUAAACAGCAACCUUUUUAAAAAGCACUCUCUACAAACAAACAGUGUGAGAAACUGAAUUGUUUUUGUCCUGCAAAAUUAAGUUGGUGCAUUCCCUGGUUUUAUGUGUUUGCAUAAAUCGGAUGAGCUCACAGUAGUUUACUCAUGCACUGCUGGUCCGUUGGUUCACUACAACUUUCACCAUGGACUCGCUCGGAAGUGACUCUGUGUCAUCUUUGUCAGAAGAAGUCCUGAUCAAGAAGCUACUUCUUAGCCAUGAUCCUGACGGUUGCCAUUUUGAUUCUGAGCUCUUGCUUUGUGCAGUGGAGAAAAUCAUGAUUUGCACGGCUGCAUCCGAAGUUCUUGAUGAAGACCUUGAUGCCAAUGAAAAAAUUAUUGUAAGCGACAUAGAAGAACUCGAAACACUAGAAGCUCUCGGAAUAUUUAAAUCAGAAACCUUUUGUAAGAUUUCGCAUGAGAUACUUUGCAAGUGCUCUGAUGAAGAAAACCUACACAGAAGGACAAUGAUUUUGUUUGAUUUGCUGGGAAAAUAUAGAUGGGGUGAAAAAGUGGUAUUAGUGCUUACAUCUUUUGUAGCAAGUUAUGGCGAAUUCAGGCUCCUAAUGCAGCUAAACUCUAGUAUUCCCUUGGCAAUAUCAGUUGCAAUGCUUAAGCAAUUGCCGACUGACGUGAGCCCUUUGAAGCCUCAAUUUAACGCCUUGAGUUUGUUAGUUGAUGCAAUGGUGGAUGUAACCAAGUGUAUCAUCAAGUUUGAAAAACUUCCACUUUCGCGUGUGGAGUUGGACGAUGAGACAAAGGCUGUUGCAAAGUCCCAAAUCUAUAUCGCUGUUUACUGGAUCAUUCGAGGCAUCUUGAAAUGCUUUUCUCAAAUCACAGAUUCAACAGCCUUGAAAUCUGACCAGAUUUCAGAUUCAACCAUAAUUGCAACAUGGGAGCUCGUAAGUUUGGCGUAUCAGCUGCGCAGCAUUUACGAUCACCUCAGACAGCAGGUUGAAGUGUGCCAUCACCAAACAGAGACAAAGCUGUAUCAUAAGCUGCUGAAUAUCUUCAAGGAGACCCAAGUGGACAACCAAGAGGUGCUUAGCUUGCUUUUUGCCUUUAGAGAUGACUUUCCACUCAAGCAAUGCCCCUCACAACUUGGUGUCUCUGAUCUGAAGAGCAAGGUAGUCAUACUCUUGAUCUCAAGGCCAGAGCUUCUUUCGAUAGAGGAGUCACUCUUUCUGGUUCAGCAAACACAUAAUCAUCCUCACAACAAAGAUGUAGAGGCCAGUUAUGCAAUUGUAUGGGUUCCCAUUCCAGUUUCCAGUACUUGGACCAAUGCUGAAAUGGAAAAUUUUGAAUACUUAUCAAAUUCUUUGCCUUGGUACUCUAUAAGGCAACCCUGGCUUCUUAACUCAGCAGUGGUGCCAUUCAUAAAAGAAGCAUGGUACUGCAAAAGUGAGCCGGUUUUGGUUGUGUUGAAUUCGCAGGGAACAGUCACAAACCCUAAUGCAAUUGACAUGCUGUUUAUCUGGGGUGCUAGAGCGUAUCCUUUUUCAGCAUCAAGAGAGAAAGAACUUUGGCAAGAGCAGAAUUGGACAUUGCAUUUUUUGAUUGAUGAAAUUGACCCCCUGCUGACUAAGCGGGUGGAAGAAGGCAGAAAUAUUUGCAUCUAUGGAAGUAACAGCAUAGAUUGGAUUGUAGAAUUCACUGCUAAGAUGGAGAUUAUUAAAAGCGCAGGAGUGCAGCUUGAGAUGGUGUAUGUUGGCAAGAGGAACUCAACCCCGCUUGUGAAGGACAUUUUAGCUAAUGUAAGAUAUAAAAAAUUGAGCAGCGCACUGCCUUCCAUGAAAACGCAUUUCUUCUGGCUUCGGUUGGAAAGUAUAAGAAGAUCAAAACUCCGGCUAGGCAAGCCGGAGAACUACACUGACAAUGUUUUAGAUGAGGUGUCAGCAUUGCUAGAUAUCGAUAACAAUGACGAAAAUUGGGCAGUCAUAGGGAGAGGAUCUAAUUCGAUUGAUAUAAUAAGACUUGAAGGACCAAAGAUCAUGGAAUGCUUAGACUUGUUUCCUAGUUGGGGAGGAAAUUUGGCUGAGUUAGGAUUUUUUGGUGCACUUAGACAUGCCCUUGCACCACCUAUUCUUCCUAGGCCUUGUGGUCAUGAUUUUACUCACCCUAGUAAAGAACAAGGUGAAGGAGUGAUAGUUUGUGGCAAGUGUAAGCACCCCAUGAAGAAGUUUGUUAUGUAUAAAUGAUGUGAUUGCUCAAAUUGAAAUAGUACUAUUUGCCUUUAUCUGAAAAA